AUGGGUUCAAUCGCAGUCACCGAUCCUUUGUUCGAGUCCGUCCGCUUGGGUGCUCUGACUCUCAAGCACCGUGUAGUUUUGGCACCGUUGACGCGGAUGAGAGCGAGCAAGGAGUCCGAGGGUGUUUAUGUCCCGAAUGAGCUUAAUGUCGAGUACUAUUCGCAGCGAGCUUCGGAUGGAGGAUUUAUGUUGACCGAGGCGACUCCGAUUAGCAGAUAUGCCGCCGGAUACCCAGGAGUCCCUGGCAUCUUUACUUCCUCGCAAAUCGCUGGCUGGAAGAAGGUUACCGAUGCUGUGCAUGCUAAGGGUGGCUAUAUAUACUGUCAACUGUGGCAUGUUGGCCGCGCAACUGUUUCCUCCUUGAUUGAAGGAAGGGAAGUUCUUGGAGCCAGUGAGAUCCCAAUCAGCGGAAACGCACUCGAUGGAUCUGAGUACGCAGCUUCACCACCCCGGGCUAUGACGGUGGAGGAAAUCCAAGAUACAGUGAAGGAGUAUGCUGCUGCAGCAAAGCGAGCCCGCGAGGCUGGUUUCGAUGGAGUGGAGGUUCACGGUGCCAAUGGAUAUCUCCUUGACCAAUUUCUCCACGACAACGUCAACACUCGCACCGACGAAUACGGUGGCAGCAUCGAAAAGCGAUCUCGCAUCAUAAUCGAAGUCCUCGAGGCCGUCACCGCCGAGAUCGGAGCUGACCGUGUUGGCAUCCGUCUGUCGCCCUACAAUUAUUUCCAAGAUACACGGGACUCAAACCCCAACGUCCACUGGCUCGCGCUCUGUUCGCAGAUUGCUGGACUGCCCGAGGAAUCGCGGCCCGCAUACGUGCACAUGGUCGAGCCCCGAUUCGAUGAGGUGAUGGAUGAAGCGUCUAAGAUCGACUCCCUGGCUUCGGACAAGCCGUCACUUGAUGUGUUCCGGCCGACACUAAAGAAGGCAGGGGUCUCUCUCCUCGCGGCCGGAAACUUCAACGCCGAGAAUGCGGGUGUCAAGCUUGCCACGGGUGGAGCGGAUGCUAUUGUGUUCGGUCGUUAUUUCAUCUCCAACCCUGAUCUGCCGCGUCGGUUGAAGGAGGGUUUGCCUUUGACUCCUUAUGAUCGCACGACAUUCUAUGGUGCUGAUCCUGCUCAGAAGGGUUAUACCGAUUAUCCUUUCUAUAGUAAAUAG